AUGACGGCCAGCAGUGGUAGGCGAUGCGACGCGGCAUCGCCGAAUCGCGGGCAGCGGCGUCGUGCAGCAGAUGCAACAGCUGUAGCGCCGCAACGGCUCGCGGGUAGCGACAUCUCAGGCAGCACGGGCAGCAAAAAAUCUAUGGCCCUUCUCCUCCUUGUUCUCCUAUCCUUGUUUUCCUAUCCGGCGACUUCAGACCUACUCAACCACAAAUGCAACACCGGUGUAGGAAACUUCAUCAACAAGAGCACCUACAGCACAAACCUCAACCACCUCAUCUCCAGUCUCUAUUAUACCGUCACCACCACCGGCUUCGCCACCUCCAUCAUCGGCAGCGGCCCAGACCGCGUCUGCGGCCUUGCCAUAUGCCGCGGAGACAUUGGCACUGCCAGCUGCCGCUACUGCAUCUCCACCGCCAUUACCAACAUCCAGCAGUUCUGUCCAAACAACAAAGACGCCACCAUAUGGUACGACCACUGCCUAUUCCGCUACUCCAGCCUGAACUUCCUCUACGUCCCCGACGUAACGAUGAAUAACCAGUUUUUAAUGUAUAACACCAUGACCGUCUCGGCCGACCAAAUGCUGCACUUCGAAAUCCUGACAACUGCAAUGAUAGACAACAUAACGGAUCUUGCCGUGAGAAAUACGUCACGGCUUGUUGCCACAGGCGAGAUGAGGCUUCCGACAGCGGACAUUAUAUACGGAAUGGUACAGUGCACCCGAGAUCUCUCGGCAGACGAGUGCCGCACAUGCCUGCAAGGAAUGGUAGGGGAGAUCACCAAAGGUCCGCUGAAAGGAAUGAGGGGAGGAAGGGUGAUGGGGUUUUGGUGCUUUAUGAGAUAUGAGUUCUACAAGUUCUACGACGGCAUUUCCAUGCUACAGCUUUCUUCUUCUAAUCAGACACCGCGGCCAUUGUGGCCAUCGUCGCCUAGAAAUAAUUGGUCAACGCCGAAUGCUACCCAUCCACCGGCGGAUUUAUCUCAUAGAGGAAAAAGUAUGAUAGGCCAUAUUAUGACAAUUACCCUUCCAAUAGCUGUUGCGCUUGUUCUCAUUACCACAGCUGGGAUGUGCUUUUGGACAAGAAAAGCAAAGAUGAAGAUAUAUCGUGAGGGUAACGUUGAGGAGAUUACAAGUGUUGAAUCUUUAUUUUUUGAUCUACCUACACUUGAGGUAGCAACAACAAAUUUCUCAGAACACAACAAAAUUGGUGAAGGUGGCUUUGGUUCUGUUUACAGGGGAUUAUUACCCGAUGGACGAGAAAUAGCAGUGAAGAGGCUAUCAGUAAGGUCAAGGCAAGGGCUUAGUGAGCUAAAAAAUGAAUUUAUUCUAGCUGCUAAACUUCGACAUAAAAAUCUUGUAAGACUACAUGGUGUGUGUCUUGAAGGACAAGAGAAGUUGCUUGUUUACGAAUAUUUGCCCAACAAAAGCUUAGAUACCAUUCUCUUUGAUCCAAGAAAAAGUGAACUACUUGACUGGUUGAAAAGAUAUAAGAUAAUAGAAGGAAUUGCUCGUGGCCUACUUUACCUACAAGAAGACUCUAACCUAAAGAUCAUUCAUAGGGAUAUUAAAGCUAGCAAUAUAUUGUUAGAUGAAGACAUGAACCCAAAAAUAUCAGACUUUGGCAUGGCUAGGUUGUUUAAAGGAGAUGCGACUCACGAGAUAACAAGUCGCAUUGCAGGAACAUACGGGUAUAUGGCUCCAGAAUAUGCAAUCCAUGGCCAUUUCUCAAUCAAGUCUGAUGUCUUUAGUUUUGGAGUACUAAUUUUAGAGAUGAUAACAGGGAGGAGUAGCAAUGGAUUCUUCGAUGAUGAGCUUUCUGAAAACCUUUUAAGCUAUGUAUGGGAGAAUUGGAGUAAGGAAACAAUCUUUGAGAUUGUGGACCAAGCUUUAGGCAAACUAUAUCAAAAUAGUGAACUCAUAAGAUGCAUCAAUAUUGGACUUUUGUGUGUGCAAGAGGAUCCAGCUCGAAGGCCUACCAUGAUAGAAGUUCUUGUGAUGCUCAAUAGCUAUUCCAUGACUCUUAAAGCUCCUUCACUACCAGCUUUUCUUGACAAGGGAAGUGGCAUCCAGACUGGUACACUUUCAAGAAAAUUUAAUGUGUAUGAGGAUGACACUUACAGAUCUUCAAGCAAGUCUAUGCCAAUGUCACCUAAUGGAGUGUCAAUUUCAGAGCUAGAUCCUAGAUAAAUUAGUUUAAGAAAAAGCAAGUUUAUAUUUAAUUAUUUUCUAAGACUAUUAUACAAAUUUACAACUGUAGCUCACCAUGAUACAUUUAUAUGUUAGGAGUGCAAGAUAAAUAAUUAAAAUUAAAGGACAUUUGAUAAGAAAUCUAAGAUAAUGCAAUUUUAUCUUAGAACAAAUAGUGAGUUUGAAAGUCAUUUUGCUGUACAAAAUAAUUGCCUUGCAAAUUUUAAACAAAUUUUCUAUAUUUUUUAUCAAAUGUCCUACUAUUUUGA